GUAUCCUAGCAGCGGAGCUCUGAACUCUCUCCUGAUUGGUCCUUUUCCAAGAAUCCGCCGUAUUCAAACUUCCGCCGUAAUGUGAAUGUCUGUUGUCACCGAUCUUCUCCGUUCUUUGUAUGCAUCGGAUAAAUUUGCAAACAUUUAGCUUCGUCUUUUGGAUUCACAAUCAAACCUUCAUAUCUCUAAAAGCACAUUUAUAAACGGAGCCUCCAGCAGAAUGGAAGAAAACGAAGAGGUUAGUUUGAAGACGAUGGAAAACAAAAAGCCGAAACUGCGCAGGAUGUCAUCGAGGACGUCUACUACCAGUGUCAUCAGCGCUGCAGAGCCUUCUCCAAAAACACUGCGACGAAACAACUCUAAGAAACCUCCACUGCAGAGAGGCAGCUCCUUCACCUUUCUUACUCCUGGGACUCCGUGGGACUUCAGUCUAAAGAGAAAGCGCAAAGAAAAGGAUGAUGACACAGUCAGUCUAUCCAGCUUUGACCUCAAGGAACCCAGUAACAAGCGUGUUCGACCUCUGGCCAAAGUUUCAUCCCUGGUCAACUUGAUAUCUCCAUCAAAGAAUGGAGCAGUGCGGCGCUUUGGUCAGACAAUCCAGUCGAUGUCAUUACGGAGUGACGCCAAGUCACCGGGGAUGUCCCUCAAAGCUCUCAGCAAGACAGCAGGUCCCACCCCCACUAAACGCAGAAACAGCACACUCUGGUCAGAGACGCUGGACGUCAGUCAGAAGAGCACGUUCUCCACUAAAGAGAUCAAGAGACAAGAGGCAAUUUAUGAGCUCUUCAGAGGAGAGCAGGACCUCAUUGAAGAUCUCCAACUUGCUCGAAAGGCAUACCAUGAUCCGAUGCUUAAACUCUCCAUCAUGACGGAGGAGGAACUAACUCACAUAUUUGGGGACCUUGAUGCAUACAUCCCCUUACAUGAGGACCUAAUGAUGAAACUGACGGAGGGGACUGGGCUUGAUGGAACUGUAGCUCAGAUUGGACAGAUAGUCAUACAUUGGCUGCCUGGUCUGAAUGCUUACAAAGACUACUGCAGUAACCAGCUUGCAGCUAAAGCCCUGCUGGACCAGAAAAAGCAAGACAAGCGGGUGCAGGAUUUCCUGCAGCGCUGUCUAGAGUCGCCCUUCAGCAGGAAGCUGGACCUCUGGAGCUUCCUGGACAUCCCUCGGUCACGGCUGGUGAAAUACCCUCUGCUGCUGCGGGAGAUCCUCAGACACACUCCACCUGAUCACCCAGACGUAGUCAGUCUGGAGAAAGCUGUUAUUAUAAUCCAGGAUAUUUUGUCUGACAUCAACAUCAGAAAAGGAGAGUCAGAGUGCCAGUAUUACAUCGACAAACUGGAGUAUCUGGAUGAAAAGCAGCGAGACCCUCUCAUAGAAAACUGUAAGAUAUUGCUGUGCCAUGGAGAGCUGCGGAACAAGAGUGGAUCGAGGCUGCAUGUGUUUCUGUUCUCUGAGCUCCUGGUUCUGAGCAGACCAGUGACCCGCAACGAUAGGAGCUGCUUCCAGGUGUACCGGCAGCCAAUACCAGUUCGAGACUUGGCUCUGGAGGACCUAGUGGACGGAGAGAUCCGCAUGGGAGGGUCCUUCAGGGGGGCUUUCACCAAUGGAGAGAAAACCAAGAACGUUUUUCGUGUUCGCUCUUUGGAUCCAUCCCAUGGCCAGUCUCACACCCUGUAUGUGAACGAUGUCUACCACAAGCAGCAGUGGCUCAACUGCCUACGCACUGCCAUAGCCCAACAACAGAGGGUGCCACCCAGAGCUCAGCAGGAAGAAACUGUACAAGCCAAGCGCCGCUCCUCCGUUAACACACCGCCCAUCAAUGACGAGGAGACCGAUGAGAACUGUCCGCCCGUCUCAAGCCCAAAACUCAGGCCUCAGACGCUCUCCAAAACCAGACUGGACCAAAAGUUUCAAGGCUCACUAAAGAGGAAAGAGACUGGAGUGUAGACAUUUACCCCGAGCAAGGGUUUACAAAGGUUUUUCUUAGACACAUGACCUCAUUGUUCACGUGUCCGGCGGAGGAUUUUCAUCCAACCAACCACUAUUUGUUUUUGUUGUCCCUGUAGCUGCACUGAAAACAUUACCAAUAAUUUCCGUCCAAAUGUCCAUCCAGUUUUAGUCUUUUAAAAAGAGUAAUUAGUUUACAAAAAAAGUGACGUGUCAGUGUACUGAAAUGUGAGUUUACACCAGAUUAUUAUGUGUGGAAUUAAUGUGAGUUUUAUGAGUUUACCCAAGUUCUAAAAGAACUUUAUAACUUUGGUUAUUUCAGUGUUCACACUUUUAAAACUCUUAUCUUUUUUUAUGUCACUUCAUCUUUCUUGUAUAGUCAAAAUGUGUGCAGCUGUGAGUGUUAUCUGUGCCAUGAUAAGGGAUCAAGAAUCAGAGGAUCGUGUGAUAACUGCAGCGUUACAUGUAAGAAUACACACCGACCAUGUUUACUAUAAACUGAGAGCCUUACUCUGGUUUAAAAAAAAAAGAAUGAAUAUAGAUGUAUUCUGCAAUUGGUUGUCUAUUGGGAAAGAAAUAAACACCAAGUCUGUACAUAUCUGA